ACCAUCGAUAUAUCAUAAAACAGUUGGUGUUAUCGUUAGUAUCGGCGACUGUUUGACAGUUCUUCCCGGCUAAGCCUUUUUAAUCGAACAGAACUUCUUAUUGGUCGCCAUUAGAACGUUUUUACGGGGGUUUUAGUGUGUAUAAGAAAAUUUUUUACUUUUUAAAUAAUAUGGACCGACGGGCCUUAGCGCAAAGAAAUAGAAAACCGCAAGGAAACAAUGCCGCGCCAGAUAUGGCAUUGCAUGCGGUCCACAAAGAAAAUGGGCAAAAGUCGAAUGCCCCUCUGGAAAAAACAUUGAAAGAAAGUAGCAACAGGACAGGCCCGGGUAUUGCUAAAGGCGAGUGUACCACUUGUCUGAAGGCGGCAAUAUGUGUGUGCCAGCGAUGUGGUGAUUUUUACUGCUCACCGGAGUGUCAACGGAAGGAUUGGCCAAGACAUCGUUACAUAUGCUUUCCCGUUCCGCCUUUGGUACAUCCGUUAAUGACUGCGUCUACCGAUGCAUUGUAUCCCGUUAACAAUCCAUUGCUGACCGUAAACCAAAUUCCCAAUGUUCCAUUAGGGAGUCAGCAAAAUGUACUCCAUGAAAUGUUCAAUUUAAAUUUGGGCAUGAAUAAUCUUCAAGUCCAACAGAAUUGGCAAAAUCAGAAUCGCGUUAUGAAUGGACUCCAACAACACCCAUACCAACAGCAUGGGCAGAGCAAUAGUAAGGUUUCACCGCAGAAUGCCAAUAAAGUGCAGAAAUCCAAGGAGCCUACUGCCACUGUACCGGUAGCUGAGUUGCCCAAGACCAACAGCCGCGUCAUAUUGACUGGUUUACGUACGCCAAAUCGUUGCUACGUACGCGCUCUGAGUUCAGAAGAAGACGAUGACUACCUAUUGAAUGCACGCAAAAUCGAUAGUUACGGCAAGAACGCAGCGCCGCUUAGCAAACUGCCCAAAGCGCUCAGUUAUGCCAUAGCGCCACUUCAGGGCUUCAUGUACCGGGUGCAGGUGCAAAUAGUACGUAACCCCGACAAUAUUCGCGUGCUUUUCAUCGACCGCGGUAUAAUUUCCACGCGGCGUCUGAGCGAAUUGCGCGAAAUUAACGACGAAAUUCUAUCACUGAAACAACAUACAUGCCUGAUACCGUUACGCAAUGUUUCCAAUUAUGUACUGAAUGAAAAAUUAGCGAAACAAUUUAAUUCAUACGAAAAUUUAGAAUUUCAAAUAAAAUAUGAUCGCGUGGAAGAUGGUGUAGAACUUUUAUAUUGGCAAACAGGAAAAUCACUAAAUGACGAAAUUGAGCAAUUGUGCAAAGUGGAGGGUGCUCAAGUUUGGGCAGAUUCUAUGCGCUCGAAACAAGAAAACGAGAAAAAGAAUAAGAAGAAUGAAAAGAAUGCAAAUUCCGAAGAAACGAAAAACAAAAAAUGUGAACCCCAAAAUUCAGUUGGCAAGGUCGUAAGUGCGGCUAGUGAACACGACGAUCAAUUUUAUGCCACAAAUGCAAGUACACAAAACUCCACUGUGAAUUCGCAGACAAGCAUGGGACGGGAACAGUCAAAGCAGCCGAAAAAUGAUGUAAGGGAGCAGAACAAGGAGGAGGAAGUAAAUGCGAAAGUUGAAGUUGUAAAAACCGUGGAAAAACCAGAAGAACCUACGAUGAUUGCCCCAUUCCAGACGCACUAUUUCAAAGUAGGCUGCCCCCCAUUCAAGGCCAUUGUGCUCGAUGUCUCCUGCUUGGAAAUUGGAUAUAUUGGUUGUAUCGAUCAAAAUGAUUUGUCCUGCCUACAGACAGUUCAUCAGCAGCUGAGUUCAAUUGAUGUGUCUGACAAGCCGUAUGAGCCCAAAAUGGAUGAAUAUUGCAUUGCCAAGUUCGAGGAUAUGUGGUAUCGUGCCCAAGUAACUGACAUACCCGACAAGUCGCACUAUACUGUGAUGUACAUUGAUUUUACAAAUGAAGCCACUUUGACUAGCGCCGAUAUACGUCAUUACCCGGCAGACGUGACGAGUGCGUGCAAAACUAAUUUAUGUUUAAUUGACGGAUUGCCCUCCAACUUCAGUGAUGCACUCACAAAAUUUCUAAAUGAAGAAAUUAGUAUUCAAAGCUCCAUCACCAUCGAUAGCGUGAACAAGAUCGAUGAACAAGUCGUUGUUAUUGAAUGUAAGAGUCUACUAGAGAAAAUACGCAAAAAUAAUUUGCUAACUUAAUUUAAAAAAAAAAAAAACAAAAAACGCAAUCGCUAAGUCGAUAUCAGCUCUGUGAGGCCUGAGUAAUAAUUUAAAAACAAAACAAAAAAACGCUUAAGCCUUGCAGCAAAACUACAACCAUGAAAAUGAAAAAAAAUCUAAACAGU